AUGGCUGAGAGGGAAUCGACGUGGGAAAGCUGGUACAAGUACACUGGGACGCCGUAUCCGGCGGCGUUGAACUCGCUGCUGCUGUUGGCGACCCCUCAGGUCUCGCCGGCGACUCCGUCGCCGGUAUCGGUGGUGCAGAGGGCGUCGUCGUCGAGGUUUGUGAACGCUUUGUCGAGGCCCAAGUACCUGGGGCCGUCCAGCAGGACUGCGUUGCUGUUUGGGGCGGCACAGGCGCUGGGAGCGUGGAUGGUCUACGACGGGGACGUCGAGAGCGGGUCUGGGUUCCUGGCAGCGUGGUCUGCGCUGUAUCUGAUUGUUGGCGGACGUGGGUCCGUGAAAGCGUUGCGCUACGGCAAGGUGUGGCCGCUGCUGGUCGCCUCGGUGACCGGGGCCAACGCCUUCAUGUACGGGAGACGCUUCAUAGCCGGCGGGUUUACUUAG